AUGUCCUACAUGUUUGUCUGUACAUGUCUAUGUCUGUGCACCAUGUCUGUUCAGUGCCCAUGGAGACCAGAGGAGGGUGUCAAAUACUCGAGCUGGAGGUAUAGAUGGUCAUGAGCCAUCAUGUGGGUGCUGGGAAUUGAACCUGAGUCUUCUGGAAGAGCAGCUAGUGUUCUUAACCACUGAGUCAUCUCUCCAGCACCCCCACCCCAUGCACACAACUUUAAAUAUUACAUAACGUGGUCCUGUUUCUUCUGAUUUGACCAGAAAGACAGUCUUGUAAAUAAUAAAUUACAUUCUAGCUCUGAAGAAUUCGGCCGAGGAAUUUCCUCUUCAUUAAGAGUUAAUGGAGUGCUGCAGAAUGACCACUGAAGUGAUACUACAUUAUCGGCCACAUGAAAAAGAUCCCACACAACUGGCAAAAAUUACCGAAAAGGCAAUCCAAGACUUUCCUACCCACCCACUAUCAAGAUUUAUUCCUUGGUUUCCACAAGAUGGGUCCAAACGGCCGCUCAAGCCCAAAAGAUUACCACCAGUCAUUUCUAGAGAGGCCGCUGAGAGUAUAAAAGAGUACUUAGCCAUUUCGGAACCUAGUGUUAAGUCACAGAGCUAUGAUUGCACAGUAGAUCUCCUGGAGUUCCAACCUAGUUUGGAAAUGCAGCACUUGCUCCAGUCACGCGUGCUGAAUGAGCAGACUUAUUCUGGAACUCCAGGUAGCAAUUCAGGAAAUGGGAAACAGCACCGGAAGAGAUCCUGGAGCGUUUCACUUGCCAGCAAGCAAUGUCCAGAAAAGAGUUUUCCUUUGUCUAAGGAAUUGCAAGCUAGUUUAAAGACAUUACAAUUGCACUCCCUUCAUAGAGCAAGAUGGACAUUAGAAUACAGUGCUUGUAACAAGCAGACUCUGGAGGACAUUUGGACAAAACUCAGUCGCCUCAUCCGGCACAAUGAGCUUCCCUCGUGUAACGCCACCAUCCAGAGACAGUUAGGCCAGAUAUGGGUGUUCUGUGAUAUUAUGUACUGUGAAUAUGUAGGAAGCCUUCUUAAAGAAAGAUUAUCUCUUAUUGGGAAGAUUAAUUUAUUUGUGCAUAAAUAUGGUGUUAUUUUUAGUAUGUAAUGAAUUCUGAUUAUCAGAAAAAUACUCUGAAUGAAAUGAAUAUGGACUGAAAUUAUAAAAUGAAUUCAUUUUACUAUCACUGCAUUUUUAGUGACUUUGAAAAUUUGAUGUUCCUUUAUAAUGUGAAGAAAUAGUUGUCUGAUAUGUAUAUAGUUUGUGUUCAAUAUAUAAAUGAAUGUCACAUGAUUCCAAGAUUUGUCAGUCAUGUCAGAAACAUUCUAGAUUCUGUUCAUUGGUGUUCUUUUAAGUGAACUGUGAUGAAUUAUUGUCUGUACUAAAAUUGAAAAAAAGUGUUCUAAUAUUUAUCACCACUGAUUGAUUUUAAAUGAAUGGAUUGAAUUUUAACGAA